CCUCUGUGCAAAGCGAAAAAGAAGAAGUACACGGAGGACCGCUGAAGUAUUUUCGGUGCGCGGAUCUUGAUCCAGUUUACGGAAAAAUCGGGUAGAAUUGUGUGAAAAGUUGUGCUCCUACUGUGGAUUACCUGCUCAAUCAGUCGACUGCAGCACCAGCUGGGUAGCUGCCUCAGGAAUAGUGUGACAUUGUAAUUUUACUGGGGAAAAAUGACAACAGAUAUUUCCGUGGUGCGCUGGGAUCCCAGUCAGGGAACCGGUGGGGAUUACAUCGAUGAAUAUGAGUAUGAUGGAGGAAAUUCGAGUUCUCGCCUUUUUGAAAGAUCACGAAUUAAGGCGUUGGCAGAGGAACGUGAAACAGUACAGAAGAAAACGUUCACGAAAUGGGUAAAUUCACAUCUAGUUCGUGUGAAUUGUCGCAUUCAGGAUCUGUAUGUGGACAUGCGUGACGGAAAGAUGUUGAUCCGUUUGCUAGAAGUUCUAUCCGGUGAGCGUUUGCCAAAACCGACAAAGGGAAAAAUGCGAAUACAUUGUUUGGAGAAUGUGGAUAAAGCCCUUCAAUUUCUACGUGAACAGCGUGUUCAUUUGGAGAAUAUUGGCUCCCAUGACAUUGUCGAUGGGAAUUCUAGUUUGAAUUUGGGUCUCAUUUGGACAAUCAUCUUGAGAUUCCAGAUUCAAGACAUUACAAUUGAAGAAGUUGAUAACAAAGAGACAAAAUCAGCAAAGGAUGCUCUUUUGCUGUGGUGCCAGAUGAAAACAGCUGGGUAUCAGAAUGUAAAUGUGAGAAAUUUCACCACUUCCUGGCGUGAUGGUCUUGCAUUCAAUGCAAUCAUUCACAAACAUCGUCCUGAUUUAAUUCAAUUUGACAAAUUAUCCAAAACAAAUGCCAUCCACAAUUUGAAUAAUGCCUUCAAUGUGGCUGAAGAUAAAUUGGGAUUGACAAAACUCCUCGAUGCUGAGGAUGUUUUCGUUGAGCAUCCCGAUGAGAAGUCCAUAAUCACCUAUGUGGUGACCUACUAUCACUACUUCAGCAAGAUGAAGCAGGAAACAGUGCAAGGAAAGCGUAUUGGGAAGGUCGUGGGUAUUGCCAUGGACAAUGAGAAGAUGAUUAAUGAUUACGAGACAUUCACGAGUGAUCUCCUCAAGUGGAUUCAGAGUACAAUUGAACUCCUUGGGGAUCGUACAUUUGCCAAUUCACUCUUGGGCGUGCAGCAGCAGUUGAGUCAAUUUGCAAACUAUCGCACAGUGGAGAAGCCGCCGAAAUUUGUGGAAAAGGGCAACCUUGAGGUGCUCCUGUUUACGCUACAAUCGAAAAUGCGGGCAAAUAAUCAGAAGCCCUACACACCGAGGGAGGGAAAAAUGAUUUCUGAUAUCAAUAAGGCAUGGGAGCGCCUUGAGAAGGCCGAACACGAAAGGGAGUUGGCACUGCGAGAGGAGUUAAUAAGGCAGGAGAAGCUUGAACAAUUGGCAGCUCGUUUCAAUCGCAAAGCAUCAAUGCGUGAGACAUGGCUAUCGGAGAAUCAACGUCUUGUUAGCCAGGAUAAUUUUGGAUUCGAUCUGGCCGCCGUGGAGGCAGCUGCAAAGAAGCACGAAGCCAUUGAGACGGACAUUUUUGCAUAUGAAGAGCGCGUACAGGCUGUUGUGGCUGUUUGCGAUGAACUCGAGGCAGAACGCUACCAUGAUAUUGAACGUAUUAUUGCGAGAAAGGAGAAUGUUCUCCGGCUAUGGAACUAUUUGUUGGAACUCCUGCGUGCACGCAGAAUGCGCCUGGAAUUGUCGAUGCAACUCCAACAGAACUUCCAAGAGAUGCUCUACAUUCUCGACUCAAUGGAGGAGAUCAAACAACGUUUGUUGACAGAUGACUAUGGCAAACAUUUGAUGGGUGUUGAAGAUCUUCUGCAGAAGCACUCCCUCGUGGAGGCAGACAUCAAUGUUUUGGGCGAACGAGUGAAGGUUGUUGUGCAGAAUUCACAGCGUUUCCUCGGAGAAGAGGUUGAUGGCUACAAACCAUGCGAUCCGGCAAUUAUUGUGGAUCGUGUGCAACAACUUGAGGAUGCCUAUGCCGAGCUCGUGCGUUUGGCCGUUGAACGUCGUUCACGCCUCGAUGAAUCACGUCAACUGUGGCAAUUCUACUGGGAUAUGGCAGAUGAGGAGAACUGGAUCAAGGAGAAGGAGCAAAUUGUCUCAGCUGGAGAUGUUGGGCAUGAUUUGACCACGAUUCAUCUUUUGCUAUCGAAACACAAAGCACUCGAGAGUGAAAUUCACUCGCAUGAUCCGCAAUUGAUGUCAGUGGUGUCAGUGGGAGAUGAACUCGUUCGUCAGGGACACUUUGGUGCCGAUCGCAUUAAGGAUCGUCUCAAGGAGAUUCUUGCUAUGUGGAAUCAUUUGUUGGAUCUAACGGCCUACCGUCGAAAGCGUCUCGAAGAUGCUGUCGACUACUUCCAACUAUUUGCUGAUGCUGAUGAUAUUGAUACCUGGAUGCUUGAUACUCUGCGAUUGGUAUCGUCUGAGGAUGUUGGACGCGAUGAGGCGAAUGUUCAGAGUCUUCUCAAGAAGCACAAGGAUGUUGCGGAUGAACUCAAGAAUUAUUCAGACACCAUUGAACAACUCCAUACACAAGCUAAGGGCUUAACACUCACAGAGGAAGAGCAGAAGAAUGUAAAUGAGCGCUUGGGUGCUAUUGAUGCUCGCUACAAGGAACUUCUUGAGCUUGCUAAGCUACGCAAGCAACGUCUUUUGGAUGCUUUGUCACUCUACAAACUCAUGUCCGAGGCGGAUGGUGUGGAACAAUGGAUUGGGGAGAAGGAGAAAAUGCUUAAAACAAUGUCACCGGGUAAGGAUAUUGAGGAUGUGGAGAUAAUGAAGCAUCGCUAUGAUGGAUUCGACAAGGAAAUGAAUGCUAAUGCUUCCCGCGUUGCUGUUGUCAAUCAACUUGCACGCCAACUUUUGCACGUUGAGCACCCGAAUUCCGAGGAAAUUCUCGCUAGACAGAAUCAUCUCAAUCAGGAAUGGUCCAAGUUGCGAGAUCAGGCUGAAGCGAAGCGUGAUGAUCUCAAAUCUGCCCAUGGCGUGCAGACAUUCUACAUUGAAUGCCGUGAGACAAUUUCAUGGAUUGAGGAUAAGAAGAGAAUUCUCACUGAAACAGAUAAUCUUCAGAUGGAUUUGACAGGCGUUAUGACCCUGCAGCGUCGUCUCAGUGGAAUGGAUCGUGAUCUUGCGGCCAUUCAAGCUAAACUCAAUGCUUUGGAGAAUGAGGCGGCUUCCAUUGAGAAUGAACAUCCCGAAGAGGCAGCCCUCAUUCGUGAGCGUGUUACACAGAUUCAGCACAUUUGGGAACAACUCACACACAUGCUGAAGGAUCGUGACAGUAAACUCGAGGAGGCAGGUGAUCUCCAUAGAUUCUUACGCGACUUAGAUCACUUCCAGACAUGGUUGACCAAGACACAGACUGACGUUGCCAGUGAGGAUACACCAACAUCUCUUCCCGAAGCAGAGAAACUUCUCAAUCAGCAUCAGAGUAUUCGUGAGGAAAUUGACAAUUACACCGAUGAUUACAGCAAGAUGAUGGAGUACGGUGAGGGAUUAACAUCGGAUCCAACACAGACGGAAGAUCCACAGUACAUGUUCUUGCGCGAACGUCUAAAGGCCCUCAAGGAUGGUUGGGAGGAAUUACAUCAAAUGUGGGAAAACAGACAGGUGCUACUGUCACAGAGUCUCGAUCAGCAGCUUUUCAAUCGCGACGCUCGCCAGGCUGAGGUGUUGUUGAGUCAGCAAGAGCAUUUCCUCACCAAGGAUGAGACUCCGUCGAAUCUGGAACAGGCUGAGAAUCAAUUGAAACGUCAUGAGGCAUUCUUGACAACAAUGGAGGCAAAUGAUGACAAAAUCAAUACAAUUGUCCAGGUGGCGGACACCCUGGUUGAGAAGGAACACUACGAUGCUGAUAAGAUUCACAAGCGUGCUGAAUUAAUCAAUCAACGUCGCGAUAUUAACCGCGAGAAGGCACUGGAGCAGCAUGAGAAACUAAAGAAUCAAUUGAAACUCCAAGAAUUCUUGCAAGAUUUGGAGGAACUUACCGAAUGGGUCCAAGAAAAACAUAUUAUUGCCCAAGAUGAGACAUAUAGAAGCACCAAGACAAUUCACUCCAAAUGGACGAGACAUCAAGCUUUUGUGGCGGAGAUUGCAGCUAACAAGGAACGUCUGUUUGAGGCUCAAAAGGCAGCUGAGGAACUCAUGAAGGAGAAGCCCGAAUUCCGAGCAAUAAUUGAGCCAAAACUCAAUGAAUUGAGUAAGCAAUUUGAUGAACUCGAAACGACAACCAAGAGUAAAGGAGCUGAAUUGUUUGAUGCGAACCGCGAAGUUCUCGUUCAGCAAACUUGUGACGACAUUGAUUCCUACAUUACGGAAUUGGAGAAACAAAUAAUCAAUACAGAUACUGGCAAUGACUUGACUUCCGUGAAUAUCCUCAUGCAGAAGCAACAGGUGAUUCAGACACAAAUGGCAGUUAAGGCACGACAAGUCGAAGAGAUGGAUAAGCAGACAGAUUAUCUCCAGAAGACAAUCCCAACGGAACAAGUGGAGCCAUUGGUCACAAAGAAGGUAGCCGUUUCCGAGAGAUUUGAACGUAUUAAGGCCCCAUUGUUGGAGAGACAAAAGCAAUUGGAGAAGAAGAAGGAAGCCUAUCAAUUUAGACGUGAUGUUGAAGAUGAGAAGUUGUGGAUCGAUGAGAAACUUCCAUUGGCCCACUCCUCUGACUUUGGAUCAACCCUCUUCAAUGUGCAUGUGCUGAAGAAGAAGAAUCAGAGCCUUGCAACAGAAAUCGAUAAUCACGAACCACGCAUUCAUACAAUUUGUAACAAUGGGCAGAAAUUGAUUGAUGAAGGACAUGAGGAUAGUGAUGAGUUUAAGGUUCUGAUUGCCCAGCUAGCGGAGAAGUGGCAGGAGUUGAAGGAUGCCGUUGAUGCUCGUCGUAAGCAGCUUGAUAACUCCGAGAAGAUUCAACAGUACUUCUUUGAUGCUGCUGAAGCUGAAUCAUGGAUGAGCGAGCAAGAACUGUACAUGAUGGUGGAAGAUCGUGGCAAGGAUGAGAUUAGUGCGCAAAAUCUAAUGAAGAAGCACGAAUCUCUUGAACAAUCUGUUGAGGAUUAUGCUGCGACAAUUCGUCAACUGGGUGAAACAGCACGUCAUUUGGCAUCAGAGAAACAUCCCUACGGAGAGGCUGUUUCGUUAAAGCAAUCUCAGUUGGAUAAACUCUAUGCUGGAUUGAAGGAUCUUGCUGGGGAGCGUCGUGCUCGUCUCGAUGAAGCUCUUCAACUCUUCAUGCUUAAUCGUGAAGUUGAUGAUUUGGAGCAAUGGAUUGCUGAGAGGGAGCUUGUUGCCGUGUCUCAGGAACUCGGUCAAGACUACGAUCAUGUGACCCUCUUGUGGGAGAGAUUCAAAGAAUUCGCCCAAGAAACUUCAUCCGUGGGUGGUGAGCGUGUGACAAAGGCAAAUGGCAUUGCUGAUGAUUUAAUCCACACCGGGCAUUCAGAUGCAGCACUCAUUGCUGAGUGGAAGGACAAUCUCAAUGAAUCAUGGCAGGAUCUUCUUGAAUUGAUUGAUACAAGAACCCAAAUGUUGGCAGCUUCCCGGGAACUCCAUAAAUUCUUCCACGACUGCAAAGAUGUUCUGGGACGUAUUCUUGAGAAACAACAUGGUGUUUCUGAUGAAUUGGGUCGCGAUGCUGGUUCCGUGUCGGCACUGCAGAGAAAGCACAAUAACUUCAUUCAGGAUUUGAUGACCCUCUACUCACAAGUACAGCAAAUUCAGGAGGAAUCAGCCAAACUACAAGCCAGCUAUGCUGGUGACAAAGCCAAGGAGAUUACAAAUCGAGAGCACGAAGUACUCGCAGCAUGGGCCAAUUUGCAGGGUAUCUGCGAAGCGCGUAAGAGCAAAUUAGCAGAUACGGGAGAUCUCUUCAAGUUCUUCAACAUGGUGCGAACACUUAUGCUCUGGAUGGAGGAUGUUGUGAGGCAGAUGAAUACAUCGGAAAAGCCACGAGAUGUUUCGGGUGUUGAACUUCUAAUGAAUAACCAUCAGAGCCUCAAGGCUGAAAUUGAUACGCGUGAAGAUAAUUUUGCCGCCUGCAUAUCUCUUGGGAAGGAACUCCUCUCCAGGAAUCACUAUGCAGCACAAGAUAUUAAGGAUCGUCUCGUACAACUCACAAAUAGUCGCAAUGCACUACUUCAUCGUUGGGAGGAGCGUUGGGAGAAUUUGCAACUCAUUUUGGAAGUUUAUCAAUUCGCCCGUGAUGCUGCAGUCGCAGAAGCAUGGCUAAUAGCACAAGAGCCAUAUUUGAUGUCAACCGAAUUGGGGCACACAAUCGACGAAGUUGAGAAUUUGAUUAAGAAGCACGAAGCAUUUGAGAAGUCAGCUGCUGCACAAGAGGAACGAUUUAGUGCAUUGGAGCGAUUAACCACGUUUGAGCUCAAGGAGAUGAAACGCCGCCAAGAGGCUGCAGAAGAGGCAGAGAGGCAACGCAAACAAGCCGAAGCUGAUGCACGUGCCGCACAGGAGGCACAAGCCGAAGCCGCACGACAGGCUGAAGCAUCAGCUAGGGAUUCAGCAGAUGCACCUGGAUCACCACAUUCUGGCCGCGAACACGAAGCAGUGCAUGAGAAUGUUAUGAUGCAUGAUUCGGGCAGUAAUCGGAAGGAUGGGAGAAGUAGUGGUGAUCCGAUGGGUGGUCAAGAUAUUCCACCUCCACAAAUUGUUCCCACGGGGAUUAUGAAGAAAACUUCACCUCAGUCUCAGCAUAGACGUGGGACUCCUGUAACAUCACCGAGAGGAGAACCACUGACUCCGGGCAGUGGGGGUUCCUUGAAAAUUGGACGAAGAUCGCGUUCGAAGAGCCCGUUCCGUUCAUUUAGAUGGAAACGUGGUUCAUCGCGCACGAUUGAUGACGACGAAGAAGAUCGUCCAAGUCCUGGAGGUGAAGAUGGAACUGUCGAAGGAAGCCUCACAAGGAAACACGAAUGGGAGAGUACGAUGAAGAAGGCAUCAAAUCGAUCAUGGGAUAAAGUUUACUGUGUGUGCCGAAAUGGACGUUUGUCAUUCUAUAAGGACCAAAAGUCAGUGAAAGCUGUCCCGGAACAGACCUUCCGUGGUGAGGUGCCACUCGAACUAACUGGUGCCAGUGUUGAUGUAGCCAAUGACUACACAAAGAAGAAGCAUGUGUUCAGAGUCAAAUCGGCAGCUGGUGCAGAAUUCCUCCUACAAGCGCACGAUGACAAUGAAAUGUAUCAAUGGGUGACAGCCCUGAAGACGCAAUGCGACGGUGGUUCGAGUAAAGAAGGUCGUUCACAAACUCUUCCGGCAUCACUGCAGAAGGAUGAGCAAAAGAAACGAUCGUUCUUUACACUAAAGAAAAAUUGAAAAAAUCAAAAGCAUUCAGCAACAUCGUGAAUUUUCUUUUUCAAAACUAAUUAAUCUAUAUUUUUUAUCAUGUAAUUCGGCAAUUAAGUGAAAGAGUAUAGGUUAGUAAUGGAUAUUGAAUUUCCAAAUGGAGAUGCAAUAGCAAGAGAAAAGAAAUAUGGUAAAAAUUAUACAAGUUUAGGAAUUAAGAAAUUUGGAAAUGGUAAAACAAAAACAUAAAGUUGUUGAUAAAAAAAAAUAUAUUCAAGGUAGAAUCAUUGAAAGAAAGAAAGCAAAUGAGAAACACAAGAAGGAAAGAUUUAUCUAAUAAGAAAUUGCGUUGUCAGUCGUCCGUCAGCUUAUAUGAAUAGGCUUACCUUUUUAAUUUUUAUUCUUUAAAUUUUUUUUUGUGUUAGUCUUUGUCAAUUUCUUCCUUGUGAAAAUUUUUGAAAUAUUCAAUAAUAUUCAAGCUAUAACUUCUGCUGUUUCCUUCCUUUAUUUUUUGAUUAUUUUCUCUAUUCAUUCUGAAAGGAAAGAAUAAGAAAAGAAAAAAAAAGCUAUGAUUUCUUUUCCAUAAAAAAAAGUAAUUGUGGGAUCUUUAGGUGUAUAAGGAAAAAUUAAUUAUACCUAAUAUUUUUCUAGAAUUUUAAAUUUAAUGUUGAGAAAUGAGGAAAAAAAUAAGAAAAAAGUUUAAGUAAAAAAAAUUCAGAUUUCUAUGAAGAAAAUAUUUAUUUCUCUAGAUUUUUCUCUGUGAAAAAUUCUAUUGAGAAUGAAGAAGAAAAACGAAAAUAAGAAGAGAAAUUAAUUAUUAAGGGUGGAUAUUUUUCGGCAACACACACGUAAAACACAAAGAAAAAAAACAUCACAGAAGUAAAUGUAAAGAUUUCGUUUUUGUUUUUAAACAUUAUGACGUGCUAGAAGAAAACUUAGUUCUGCUUUUUUUUGGAAAUCUAAAUACAAAUUAAACAGAUUUUAGAAACAUUGAAAAUAUGUGUUCAACGUGAAAAAAAAGUGGAGGAAAAGUGUCUAAAAAAUUUAUUUAAUAAAAGAAAAAGAGCUAUUUUAAAAAUUAUUAAUUUAUAUAUUUUUAUUCUCUCCAUUUUAAUAUAUAUUAUUACUUAUAGAAGUAGAAGUUUAUCCAAGAUAAAGAAAAAAAAACAAGAAUGCAAUUUUCGCUAAGGCAAACAUCCGUUUGAGAGUUUUGAAUAAAGGAAAAAAAAACUUGCAACAGGUGAAGUUUAUUGUAGGUCUUAAGAUAAAUCAAUAAAAAAAUCAAUUUAUCCUCCAGUGUCAUUAUUAAUAAUUAUUUAAACAAGAAAAACUGCCAGCUUAUCUAAUGUUCGACAAGAAAAAGCUUAAAAUGCAUAUUGAAAGUAAAAAAAAAAUUGGGAAUUUUAAGAAAAAAAAAAGAAAGUUUAUUUAGUACAAAAGAACAUUUUAAAAAAUAAAUGAUAUGGCCACUGCAAAAUGUCACGACAAAAAAUACAUUUUAUAAAAUAAAUAAAUAAAAAAUUCUAGAAGUUGCAAUUUUAUAUUUAUAAUUUUCUCCCCAUAUUCGCAUUUAUUGUCGUCCUUUUCCUCAAUUUUCACAAAAAGAAAAAUUAUUACGAAUGUUCAUGAGAAGAUUGUUGUGAAAAGUUGGACUCUUGCAAAAGAAAGAAAAAAGAAAAUAAAAAAAUUAAAUUUGUAAAUUUUAAGUUGAAAAAAUAAAUAAAUCAAUGCAUGUUUGCCGAAUCCCACAAAAAAUGCGUAUAAAUUGUAAAGAGAAGAGCUGUCACGCUCAUUUGUCUCUGAACAAAGGAAUAUUAUAUAUUAUAAAUAUUAAAGCUUCUUAUAAAAUUA